AAUAGUCAUUUGAAUAUUUUUCUUUACUUGAACCUCUGUGCCACCUGUUGUGCUGGAUCUGAGCAGAGGAAAAGAAAACCAGAUCCCUUUUCAUUAUACUUUCCAUGCGUUUUUUUUUUUCUUUUCCUUAUCUCAUUUAUAAUAGGUCUAUUUAUGCUUAUUACACUUAUUCUACAUCUCGGCUGCUAUAUACGUCUAUCUUUUUUUAAUGCGAGAUGCGAUUGAAAUAAUAUAUCUUAUACGUGAGUUUAUCAUAAGAUUUAUUAGAGAAUAUUAAUUCUUAAUUAAAAUACCAUCAUGUUCGACCUAUUUUUAUUCACGAAAACUUCAAAAUUUUUUAAAAGUUAAUAAAAUUAUAUUAUAUUUUUAUUUUUCUUCCAAAAUGAAAUACAUAACAUUUGUUUUAAAAACUUGAAAAUAGAAAUGAAAAGGUCGAGAUUAAAGAAACUUAUGAUGGCUAGGUGUUAAGAAAUAAAUACCUUUUUUUCACGUAACCCUUAGUUAAAUAAAGUAUUUCUUUAUCAUUCCUGCAUUCAUUUGUUUUUAGUUCUUAUCAUAUACAAAUAAUAUUUCAGAAAAAAAUUAAAGAAGCUAAAUAUGAUUUUUUUUUAAAUUAUUUAUUUACUUCUCUUUCUUGCUAUAAAACAUGACGGUUUUAUUAAUAUUUUAAUUUAAAAUGACGUCAACGUUCACCGUAUUUUACGAAAAAAAAAAUAUUAUGAAGGAAGACAUUUUCAUAAAGCUUGUAUGAAAAAUUAUAUUGUAUGUCAUUUGUACAUGAUGUAGCAAAUAAAUGCGUUAAAUUACAUGUGCCAAGGAACAUACAAUGACGUAUGGACAGGAUCAUCUGCCCAGUAACAAGACAGCUGACGGAGCGAUGUAAUUCGAAUCGUCGCGGGUGCGGGCGAAGGGGAGGAGGAAGCUAACGAAAAAAAAAACACGAAAAAAUGUAACGCGCGAUUCUCCGCUGCGUGUUCGAAAUGUUCAAAUGUUCGAAUAUGCCGCAAACGGGGCGGAACGACGGCGUCUCGUGGUCACCGCGCGAGGAGAAACCGAGGUUGUAGGCCGGCGACUCGCGACCGAUGUGCACGCAGCAAAGAAACCUCCGUUGCGUAACGGACUGACGGAGCGAGAAAAGAGAGAGAGAGAGAGAGGACGACAGUGAGGAAAAAAGGAAGAGUACGCGUCGAAGUGGAGCCUUAUCUGUGAUUCGCGCGAUAUCGUGAAGUGAUCCGUGCCGCGGAGCGGAACGAGCGGAAUCGACAACGAUUCCCGCGGGCGAAGUGCAAAGGCUCGGUUGCGUGCACUUGGUCUUGGUUAAGUGUCGCGCAGGAUGGUGCAUCAACCGGUCUAGCCUUCGCGGGAUUCUCGUGUCCUCGACGACGAGCAUUCAUCGCACGCGUGUUUAUCUUUCGUAUAAUUUCUUUUGUGCGCUUUUACGUGCUCAUGAGGGUGACUUUAAUCAACUCCGAAUAGCUUUUGAUCAUCUUGAAUCGGGUUGAUCGAUUGACGUCUGGUUAUCAAUUUUAUAUUCCAAAUGAUUCACUGGCCUUGAUCUAAUCUCGCUUCCACAUGUAAUUAAAUAGCAAAGAAUUAACUAGUUUGUCCAUGUUAACAAGACAGAGUACAAGUGUUGCUUGAUAAGUUAAUUACUGAUUAAGGCCUGUUUGCAUUGCAAUAUAGAUAAUGUUAACUUUAAUCUUAAUGUUUUAUUUACUUUCUAUCUUCUUCUAUUUCUAACAAUUAGAAAUUUGAUUAAAGUUUUCACAUUCUCUGUUCUAUAUAAUAUAGUUUGUCAUAAAGAUAUAGGGAAUUAAUGUUAUUGCAAAAAUUGAAAACAAUUCUAUAUAAAGAUAUUUGCUGUCAAAUAUCAUUCAAAGAUGUGUCAUGUAAUGUGCAGUAGUAUUACAAUUUAUUCUUUUGCCUUUUGUCCUUAGAUACACAAGAUUGCACAAAUCAAGUAGAUUUAAUUGACUGUACGUCUCAAUUAUGUUGCAAAACGUGAACAAGGAACUGGCUCCCAUAAAGUCACAUUAUUUUCUUUACAAUGCAGCAACGGGGCCAAUGGUACAGUUUUUACCAACAAUUGGAAAGCAAUUGGGCUUUUCUGCAACGGUGAUCGGUACAAUAUACACAGUAUUACCAAUUUCUGGUCUGAUCGCGAAGCCGCUAUUCGGCAGCUUGGCCGACAGAUUCAGAUUGCACAAAACGUUCUUCUUGAUAUUCGAAGCUAUACUAGCAAUAGCAUUUUUCUCUAUUUAUUUCAUUCCUGAGAUAGACAGGAGUGCAAGAGUCACUCUCGUCUGCAACAAUGAUCUGCCCUCCUUGGAGAUUUGUCCGCAGACGGAAUUCUCGAAGAAAGUGUUAAGCGCCGUAAUAUUAGAAAAUGUCCACACUGACAUUAUCUGUCAGUUGUCUUGCAAAGGAGUAUCUCAUGGUUUCUUAGAACUGUCUGGCAAAAACAUUUCUGCGAACAGCACGUUCGAGUUUGGUGCAAAAUUUGAUGUGUAUCAAGAUUUACUUACAAAAAAUUGUGUGGACGUGAGGCUGCACACGUUCCUCGAUGGCACUGCACAUGUGCCAGUAUGUGGAGGCCAGCUGAGAAGUUGGUGCACGGCAACUUGCCACAAUAGCAGUGCAUUCAAUCAUCUUCUGCACGAAGCAAAGGAUUCGCAAAGUGAUAUGAGACAUUCUACAUAUCAAUUCUAUUUAUUUCUAUGGGCGGCCAUCAUUAGUUGGAUUGGAAUGGCUGUGGUAGUUAGCAUAGCCGAUGCCAUCUGCUUCGAUCUCCUUGGUCAUGAAAGAAGAAAAGAUUACGGGAAACAGAAAAUGUGGGGCAGCAUCGGUUUCGGCAUUUUUGGUAUAAGUUCAGGCUAUCUGAUAGAUCUUUCUAGCAAGGGACAAUAUGAAAAAGAUUACACCUGUAUAUUUUACAUUAUGCUAGUGGCUAUGAUCGCCGAUAUUGUGGUGUCUGCAACAUUAAAAAAGAAAGAUCCAGAAUGCUCUGCGGACGAGCCGUCGCUAUUUCGUGAGCUAUUAAGCGUUGUCAAAGAAGGAAGAGUACUGGUGUUUGCCUGGUGGUGCAUAGGCGCCGGAAUGUGCACGGGAGUCAUUUGGAACUUUCUGUUUUGGUACAGCGAGGAUCUAGCGGCCAACUCUCAUCUCACAUGGAUUAAAACUCUGCAGGGUUUGAUGACCGGUGUUCAGUGUUUCUUAGGAGAAUUACCUUUCAACUUUGUAUCGGGCAGCGUGUUGAAAAAACUCGGCCAUGUUAAUGUUAUGAGCCUUGUAUUGCUCAUCUAUGCAAUUAGAUUUAUGGCAUACAGCAUUAUAUCGAACGCGUGGCUGUUUUUAAUUCUUGAAUUACUCCACGGACCUUCAUUCGGUCUAUGUUGGCCGACGAUGGUAUCCUAUGGUGACAAAGUGACACCAUCCGGUACAAAAGCCACUAUGCAGGGAUUUAUUGGUGCUGUUUUCGAGGGAAUUGGAGUGGCAAGUGGUAGCUUCAUAUGUGGUUGGUUAAUAGAUUCUUACGGAGGUGUUACAGCAUUAAGAACUUUCUCAGUGGGUGCUCUUUUGUGGCUAAGCAUCUUUUGGUUGAUGGAACUUUUACUCAGGAAAUUGAAAGCUUACCCGCUAUACCGAGGCCAUAAUCAUCUCGCGAAUUAUGCCAAUCCAGACGACGCUAUUCUUAUGACGAUAAGUCAAGAAUUACAAACUUAUUAGUAGAACAAUUUUAUAUAUAAUUAACAUAAUUUUAUAAUUUUAUAAUUUAUCAAUACAUCCCUAUAAAUCAAUGAAAGUGUUAUAUUGCACGAUUGAAAUUGACAAUUAAUUUUUCACCACAUUUGAAAAAUAGUUGUCUCUCUACUCAGGAUGUUUUAUCUUUUUAUAAUAUUCAAAACGAAUUCAGUAUUAUAUAUUAUAUAAAUAUUAAAAAAUUGUACAUUAUAUCGCAUCAUGUCGUAAUAUAUACUUUUUUUUAGAACUGUA